AUGGCGGGCGGAGGCGAGGCGGCGCUGCGGAGCUUCCUGGAAAGGCGGGUGUUCCCGGAGUUGCAGGUUGGGACUACGGGGUUCGUGGUGGUCUACAUGCACACCGGAGUGGAGAGGUCGGAAAACUUCCCCGGAGUGGCUGCGCUGCGGUCGGCGUACGAGUCACUCCCGGUGGCCGUCCGCGACGGGAUCUGCGCCGUGUACUUCCUCCACCCGGGGCUGCAGGCCCGCCUCUUCUUCGCCACCUUCGGCCGCUUCGUCUUCAGCGCCGGUCUUUUAAUAUUGGGCGGCGAUGGGUGGAACAGGCUGUACGCGAAGUUGAAGUACGUGAAUCGGCUGGAGUUCCUGUGGGAACACAUGCGGCGAUGGGAGGUCGAGGUGCCGGAGUUCGUCCUGGACCACGACGACGAGCUCGAGCGCCGCCCGCUCAUGGACUACUGCCUGGUAGAGAGCGACCGCCACCACCGCAGCUUCGACGCCCCCGCCAUGGACUCCGCCGCCAUGCAUUCCCUCCGCUGCAUCUACUAG